CCAAUUUCCAAGGGCCUUAGAACACACGGGUUAGCGUAAGGAGGAAGACUACACUCGCUUCAACGUCGGCAAAUUGUGGAAAAACGAAACGGAACAAUGGUGGAAUCCCCUCGAAAAUCCCGCUCGCCCGCCCGCGGCCGCGCCCGCACCCGUUCAGCCUCAAGAUCAAUCAGCAGAUCGUCACGAUCCGGUAGUCGCUCCUCCUACAGCUCAUACACGUCCCGCUCACGGUCCCGCUCAUACUCCUCGUCCCGAUCGUCGAGGAGCUCCAGGUCCUACUCGCGCUCGCUGAGCAGGAGCCGGAGCCGGAGCCGGAGCUAUAGUAGGAGCAGGAGCAGAAGCCCAAGGCGAAUUCCGAAAUAUGAGACGGAGGGUAGGAAUAAGCCUAGUGGGGCUGCUGAUCCCUAUAACAAAAAAUUGUUCAUAACGCCGAUUUCAGCAUCCGUGGAGGCGGACCACCUGAAAGAGAUCUUCGCCAACUACGGCACCGUAACCGACGUCAUCGUCCCCACAAGGGCCCCAACCCAGCGCUCACUCACCGGCAAAUCCCUCAACACCGGAAUCGCCUUCGUCACCCUCUCCACCCGCGACGAAGCCGACGCAGCGCUCAAAUGCAUGAACGACGGAUGGCUUGACGGCCACCAGAUUCACGUCACCUUCUACGACGCAUCGAAGGUCCGUCGCGGGUCAAGGGUGGGGAAGACCAUCGAUUCUGGAUUGUUUGGGAAACGCGAACAUAGCGAGAUGAGUAGGAGUCCGAGCCCUAAUCGGCGCUCAUACGAUAGGAGGGAUGAUAGGAGGGAUGGCAGGGGGUUUGACGGAAGGGAUGAAAGGGUGGGCGAUAGGCGGGAUGAGAGACGGUAUGGAGAUGAAAGGCGAUAUGAUAGGCGUGAUGACAGGCGUGAUGAGAGGCGAGGCAGUAGGUACGACGAGCCGGGGUACGAUGGGAGACGGUCGAAAGUUGAUAGCCGGGAUUAUGAGCGCCAACGGGGAAGGGAAAGAGAUUUUAGGAGGAGCCGCUCGCCGAGUGUUGGCCGUGAUAGGCGAUAUCGGUAGGCUGCACAACGCGUUAGAUAGGGGGUUCUUUCUUGUGACUGGAAGUGGCGCGAGCUCGCCGAACCGAGCCUUAGGCGUAUCUUCCAUGGAUAUGUAUAUAUAGUGUGUAUGAAACGAUAUGAGGUGAAAGAAGAGAACAUGGGACCGAUGUGUUGGAUGAUAUUGAUGAUACGUUUCUGCCUAACAUGCAAGCCACGGCAAGCUCACGCCUGCGUCAUAAAAAUGCCCGUAACCUCAUCCCCAAG